GUUGGGGAGAAGUCAUAAAUGGUGGAUUCGGCAUGGUGAUAGAUGGCAGCAAACAGUCCAAAAAGAACAUCAAGUCCAUGUUGCAUUGGGAUGUCAAUAAUGGUAUCGCACGAAGGAGUUGGGCUAGAAAUGAUGAAGCCAUAUUUGCCAUCAAAAGAGCCAUGGAACAAAAUGAACAUCUAAAAGUCACUAUUCCCAAUCUUGCGGAAGAUGCGCUGAUAGACAAAAUCAUCAAA